UAGACGGGGCGCUUCCGGUGCCCAGGUGCUUGGGUUCUUGGCAGAAGGAAGAAGAUGGAGCCCGGCGCCGCGGCCCGCGCUUGGUCUCUCCUGUGGCUGCUGCUGCCCUUGCUUGGCCCGGCCUGCGCCAGCGGUCCUCGCACCUUAGUGCUGCUAGACAACCUCAACCUGCGGGAGACGCACUCGCUUUUCUUCCGAAGCCUGAAGGACAGGGCCUUUGAACUCACAUUCAAGACCGCAGAUGACCCGAGCCUGUCCCUCAUUAAGUACGGGGAGUUCCUCUACGACAAUCUCAUCAUCUUCUCCCCCUCGGUAGAAGAUUUUGGAGGCAACAUCAAUGUGGAGACUAUCAGUACCUUUAUUGACGGUGGAGGCAGUGUCCUGGUGGCUGCUAGCUCAGACAUUGGUGAUCCUCUUCGAGAGCUGGGCAGUGAGUGUGGGAUUGAGUUUGACGAGGAGAAAACGGCUGUCAUUGACCAUCACAACUACGACAUCUCAGACCUUGGCCAGCAUACGCUCAUCGUGGCUGACCCUGAGAACCUGUUGAAGGCCCCAACCAUUGUCGGGAGAUCAUCUCUGAACCCCAUCCUCUUUCGAGGGGUCGGGAUGGUGGCCGACCCUGACAAUCCCCUGGUAUUGGACAUUCUGACGGGCUCCUCCACCUCUUACUCCUUCUUCCCGGAUAAACCUAUCACCCAGUACCCCCAUGCAGUGGGGAAGAACACCCUGCUCAUUGCCGGGCUCCAGGCCAGGAACAACGCCCGGGUGAUCUUCAGCGGCUCCCUGGACUUCUUCAGUGACGCCUUCUUCAACUCAGCAGUGCAGAAGGCCGCGCCCGGCUCCCAGAGGUACUCCCAGACGGGCAACUAUGAGUUAGCUGUGGCCCUGUCCCGCUGGGUGUUCAAGGAGGAAGGGGUCCUCCGCGUGGGGCCUGUGUCCCACCAUCGGGUUGGGGAGACAGCCCCACCCAAUGCCUACACCGUCACCGACCUUGUGGAGUACAGCAUCGUGAUCGAGCAGCUCUCAGAUGGCAGAUGGGUCCCCUUUGAUGGGGAUGACAUUCAGCUGGAGUUUGUCCGCAUCGAUCCUUUCGUGAGGACCUUCUUGAAGAAGAAAGGUGGCAAAUACAGCGUCCAGUUCAAGUUGCCGGAUGUGUAUGGAGUGUUCCAGUUUAAAGUGGAUUACAACCGGCUGGGCUACACGCACUUGCACUCUUCCACUCAGGUGUCCGUGAGGCCACUCCAGCACACGCAGUACGAGCGCUUCAUCCCCUCGGCCUAUCCCUACUACGCCAGCGCCUUCUCCAUGAUGCUGGGCCUGUUCAUCUUCAGCACGGUCUUCUUGCACAUGAAGGAGAAGGAGAAGUCUGACUGAGGGGCGGAGCCCUGGGACUCCUUAAGACGCACGGAUGGCAGUUAUGUAGGAUUGGGUCUUCCUGGUUGGUGUUUUUUUUUUUUUUUUUUUUAAAGCUGUGUGACAGUGGCUCAGCCUUACCUCAGGGGGAAAUGCAGCAUCGAGUACCAAGGGGUGGGGGGUGGGGACUGAUUUUUAUGUGUGCUAAGUGGUAUUUUUCAUAUGUGGUCACUCUCAUUUCUAAGAUAAACAUUGCCCUCCAA